AUGGUCAAGACCAUCCCUGUCCUUGAUGCUGCUUGCCUGUCCAAUGGCACAGCACAGGAACGUGCGGAAUUCAGUGCAAAGUUCCUUGAGUCGUUGACCGAGUUUGGCUUCUGCAAAUUGGUCAACCACAGCGUGCCUCUGCCGGUGGUCGAAGAUACCUUCAGCAAGGUUAGUCAAAUUUCGCUCUCAUCUGAGCCAUUUCUGAUGAAGCAACAGAUCAAGAGCUUCUUCAAGCUUCCUUUUGCCGACAAAAAGGAUAUCAUCAACGACCCCAAGAAGGGUCAACAGCGUGGUUGGAGCCCCCCUGGUGAAGAGAAAACGUGGUGGUUGGAGAGCAACACUGGCGACGUAGAGUCGCCUAAGUUCAGCGACAACAAGGAAUCAUUCGAUUGUGGGCACCCAGAUGACAAACAGUUCCCCAACCGAUGGCCCACGCAGGAGGCUCUGGAGGGCUACCAGAAGACCAUGGACCAGUUCUUCUUCGACUGUGGUGACCUAUGCAGCGAUCUCUUAGAGGUGCUGGCUUCGGCCAUGGGUCACGAGUCCAAGCUCUUCUCGUCCAAAUGCACGCAUGAGGCUACCACCAUCCGCAUCAACCACUUCCCGCCCGUGAAGCGCGAGACGCUCGAGACGGGCCAGGUCAGUCGCAUCUGGCCACACAACGACUUCGGUAUUAUCUCGCUCGUAUUCCCCGAUCGCACUGGCGGGUUGGAAUACGAGGAUCGCGAAAACCCCGGCGCCUUCAUUCCGAUGCCCUACAAUGGAGACGAUGAGGUCGUAGUCAUUGCGUCAGAGACAAUCCAGCGAUGGACGAACGGCAGCGUGCGCGCUGGUCUGCACCGCGUGACCAAGCCUCAUAACAUGGAUGAGAAUGCUGAUAUGGUUCCGGAAAGGUGGAGUCUGGUGUAUUUUGUAAAGGCAGACCGACACGUUAACGUUGGCCCACUGAAGGAAUUUGUCACAGGAGAGAAGCCCAUGUACGAGGAUCUGACUGCGCUGGAAUACCAGGCGAUGAGGAACGCUGUCCACUACCCAGAGCCAGAGCAGCUGGAACAGGUUGCGGCGGCGGCAUGA